CCGUCGAGACGGUCGCUUCUUAGCCCACUGCCGGCCGAUACACGAAAAAUUAUACGUAUAUAUAGAGAUUAUCGUGGAUCUAUAUACAUAAUACCUAUAUAAAACAACGAUAACUAAGGCAGUGAUAGCUAUUGGUUCUCUACUUUAAACUUUUCACAAUGAUAUUUUUAUUGUAAUAUCAUACCUGCGAGUGCAUCGCUUUGUUACGAUACAAAAUGACGCGCACAACUACAGCAAACUCAUCCGUCAUCGAGAGAUUCAGCGGCACUACGAGCACAACAACCAGCACAAACAAUGUCCUGACAGCACCGAAAUCAUCGAACGGCAACAAACGACCGGCCAUCAUCAUUUAUCCCACUGUAACCCCAGAGUCUAUUGUUGUGCCAAUAGUGUCCUGCAUUUUCGGCUUCCCACUUUUGGCUUUGACGGUUAUUUGCUGUUUGCGACGUAGAGCUAAAUUAGCCAGGGAGCGCGCACGUAGACGCAACUGCGAACUUGAUCGGGGAGAGCUUUCUGUUGUUCGCUUAUCACCAGUGAAGAACAGACCUCGCGCUGUUAGCUUGGUGAGGUCACCGCGACCUCCUCCCGCCUUGGAGCUAGAUACAGUAUUGGAAGAACGCUCUGACCCUGAACAAACGACGCUGUCACAGGUAGACAUAACUCCCGACCGUGAAGUUGGUACGAUUCUAUUCAGCGCAAUAGGUGCUGUUGGUAGCGCGGCGGUGUCUGCGGCGGCUUGUGCUAGGGACAGCUAGCGUCGGGGUUCCGCGCAGCUCGGAGCUCGUUCACCGCUCUGGGCCGCGCUGACCAGUCAACCCAUUGAUGAUGAAGAAGACGCUGUCGAUUUGGACAGCUAGCAGUUAGAAGAUCACUCCAUCACUGACAUUGGUGAACGUAUGAAGUUCUUUCUUGACAUUCCACUUAGAUUUUAGUGAUCAUGUGAAGUGGUAGUGAAGUGUCGAUUUAUGGAAACUAUUUUCUAGAUCCGACGGUUUAUAUAGAAUUUAAUAUUAAUAUUUUCUGUAGUAGUCUGUAAGAAAAUUAAUGAGAUCGUGAAAAUACAAUUCGCCGAGGGCGUCUCGGUUAUUAAAUUGAGCCCUUAAAAGGGCUUACAUAAAUUACGAAAAAAGUUUUUGAUCUUCAAUGAAAAAUAUUUAUUGAAAAAAUAUGUUGAACUAUAUUGUAUAUUACUGAAAUAAAUCUCCCUAUUUGUUUGAUACUGCGAAUCAAUUCUUUUUGUUAAUGAUACAUAAAAUGUCUUCAAAUUAUUUGUUGUUACUACCUCAUUUGUAUUUAUUUUCAAUGUUCCAAAUAUUAUUAUUUUAUUAUCAAUAUAAUAUUUGUAUUGAAAAAUAUAUAAAAACGUAUCAAAGUCUAGUUUCAUAUAAGAACUAUAACAUAAGCUGGCUACGUUAGAUUAAGCAAGUAAAGUUAAAACAAAGUUUCCGUGAUUGGUGACUACACUCGCCAUUUCUGUUUAAACUUUAACAUUAGUUAAUUAUCCUUAUUUCAUUGAAUUCUGCACUCGCAGUUUUAUUAAAGUUCCAAAUUUAAAGUUUGAGUCCUCAUUCUAUUGUCGAUUAUAUAGAAACUAUUUUAUACUUACUUAAUAUAAGCUUCUGUUCGACGUAUGUACAUAUAUCAGAACUAGAUUCAUGUGAAAUUAAUCUUACAGGUGUAUAUACAAUCAAUGUUUUGUACGUAUCUAUUAAUCUACGUCUAUUUAUGUAGGAACGGUGAAGAUUUGAUUCUCUUAUAAUAUUUCAUGCAAGGAGAUGCACACGGUGGACCGAAAAAAGUUUUUGUCAUGUUGGAAUCAUUCAACAUAUAAAUUAUCAUAAGUUAGUAUUUAUGGUCAAUAUUGACUGAACAUAUAUACGAGUAUGUUUAACAGUAGCUGUCAACAAUUAUAAUUGCAACACAAUAGAUCAUGAUUAUCACAGAUAAAUAGGUAAAUGCACAAAAAUUUAGAAUAUGCUUUUAAAAGUGAGCUAAAAUUAGACGAAUUAUUAAAUAAGUAGGAGAAUAUAAUACUUUCUUAGUUUAUAUAUACUGUAAAUAAUAUAUAAUCCACAUCAAUAAACUACCUUGAAUAUUGUGAGAAAAUUAAGCAGUUAUUAAACGAUAAAUUUAAAUAAAAACGUUACUUUCUUUUUAUACUAUAAUAAAAACAAUAAUUUAGCAAGCUUUAAAUAAUAUUAACUAAGUUAACUACAAAAUUUGGAUUAGUCUAUCAUUUGACAAGAUUGAAUUUCGUGUCCAAUAGCUAGUUUAAAUAUUGACAUUGAUCAAACUGUAUUGAUUUUCUCUUGAAAUGAAUGAAUCGACAUUAUAUGCGAAAAGUAAGCCUAACAUGGUAAUGUACAAUCUGAAUGUAAAUGAUUUAGUUCAUCCUUAUUUUUCGCAAAAUUUAUUUAUAUUUAAUCUUUAUAACUAUCACAUUAGUUCGCUAUUCAAAUUUAUUUUUUAUAAUUAAAUAAAAAGUUAAAACGCUUAAGUAAAUACAUGCAUAUCAUUUUUCUGGCAGAAAAACUUAAUGUCACCUAAGUAUGUCCAAGACGAGUAAAUGAUGAUGACAUUUUUUAAUAAAUUUUAUAACAAUUAUCAUUUUAAUUGCAUUUGUAAUAUCAUAAUUAAUAAUUAAUCGGUUAUAUACUAAAUAGAAUAGCAUAAAUAUUAUUAUUUAUUUUAUAUUUGUAUAAAACAUAACACUAUACAAACGUCGCAGUGAAUCGUUACAGGGCCAAGAUAAUUGGCUAAAGAUCUAAAGAUCUUGCUUAUUUAAUGUAAAUAUUUUGCUUGCAAGUUUUUAUGUACGAGGAUAUAUAUUCUUUAUUCAAAUAAAUUGUUUUGUAAAUCCUGUUAUAUUAUGGUAAUAAAGUAGUUUUUUUCACAUGGAUAUGUGUAUAUAUAAUAUAGGUAGUGUUUGCUUGAUUUUAUGCAAAAGGUUAGUUUCUGUACGAAAGUGGAUGGAUUACGGUUGAAAGUGUACGUUACCCUUUUUAAAUCCAUUACUGUAUAAACAUUUGAGAUAAAAACCAUCAUAAUCCGUACUUAACUACCCUUUUAUUAGGAAUAUGUGUUAUUUACAACUUUUCUUGUCAAAGUUAUUCAAAGAUAACAAUAUUGUUUAAUAACGUAACGUAACAGAAGCUUUACACAAAACACAUGAAAUAAAACCCAUUUGUAUUCAUUCAGUUAUUAUGCGCGAUGAUGUUGUUUAAUUGUUAGUGUGUACUU